UGGCUUCCUACCCAUCUUCGCCAUCUGCUUCCUCCAGCGACCACCGCUGAAGAACACUGCUUCCUCCGGAUCUGAUGGAGGCGGUAGAGGACACCUACGUGGAGGCCGCGAUCCUAUGGCUGGCGCAAACCAUCCUGGCGAGCCUCCUUGCUGGCAAGCUGGAGGCGUGGCUUCGCCAAGUUGGGCUCGCCGACGACACCGAGAAGCUCAGGUAUGAGAUCCUGAGGGUCGAGACGGUGGUUGCUGCUGGGAAGGGGAGGGCGACCGGGAACAAGCUGCUGGCCCGAUGUCUCUGCCGUCUCAAGGAGCUGAUGUAUGAUGCUGACGACGUGGUCGACGAGCUCGACUACUACAGGCUCAAACACCAGGUCGAAGGAGAUCCGACUGCUUGUGCUACUGAGCCCGAAAGCACGGACGGACUUCAGCAGCAGCAGGUCGAAAGAGUUACGCUUGCUCGCGCUAUCGAGCCCGAAGGCACGGUUGGAGAUGGAUCGAGGGACAACGCUGGUACAUCGAGUAGGAGCGACCGCAAAAAACGGUCCAAGGCAUGGAAAGACUUUAUUGUUGUUACAGAAGACGCUGACGGAAAGCCAAAGACAGCGCAGUGUAUCCACUGCGACGCAAAGCUUGGAUGCGACCCUCGUAACGGGACAUCAGUUUUGCGCAAUCAUUCCAAGAGUGACAGUUGCAAGAGAAAACGUGCAGCAAGUGAACAACCGUCAAACCCUUCAUUUUCCUCCUGUAGUGCCGGUGAUGGUGCACAAAAUGGGGCCACUGUUUCGAUUCAUGAUUCAGACAGCAGAAAAAGAAAGAGAAUUGAUGAGGCGUCAGCACACAACACGGCAGCUAACAAAAACCCCUGGAACAAGGCCGAAUUCUGCAAUAGAAUCGAACAAACGACCAAUCAGUUAAAAGAGGCUAUCAGUGAGGUUCAGAAGCUAUAUGGAUCAGACUCCGUUGCAAGUACGAAUGUCUGUAAGAACACAGCUGCAGAUCCGCGCCGAAGAACAUCAAGUCUUGUUCAACGCAAAAUGUAUGGGAGACUUGCUGAGAAGGACUCCAUCAUGAAGCUGAUGACAGAAGACAAAUCUGACAGUGUACUUGUUUUGCCUAUUGUAGGCAUUGGAGGAAUCGGGAAGACAGCUCUUGCUCAACACAUAUACAAUGACCCAACUGUGAAAAGCCAGUUUGACCACAGGAUAUGGGUUUGGGUGUCUAACAGUGUAGAUGAAGUGAGACUCGCAAGGGAGAUGUUAGACUUUGUUUCUGAAGAAAAGCAUGAAGGAAUAAGCAGCUUGGCCAAACUUCAGGAGAUCUUGCAGAGUCAUGUCACAUCAAAUAGGUUUCUACUUAUUUUGGAUGAUGUCUGGGGCAACAUGGAUGAGCACACAUGGAGCAAACUGUUGGCUCCAUUGAAGUCUGACAAUGCGAAGGGCAAUGUCAUUAUUGUGACCACUAGACAAAUAUCUAUUGCAAAAAGAAUAGGCACAGUUGAACCGAUUAAGUUAGAUGGUUUACAGGAUUAUAAUUUCUGGUUAUUAUUUAGAGCAUGUGCAUUUGGUGAUGACAAAUACGAAGGACAUCCAAGUCUAAACAUCAUCGGUUGGCAAAUAGCAAAGAAGUUACAGGGUAACCCAUUAGCAGCAGAAACUGCAGGGAUGCUAUUAAGAGAGCAUCUUAUCAUUGACCAUUGGAGUAACAUUCUAAAGAAUGAAAACUGGAAAUCCCUAAAACUCAAUGGAGGCAUCAUGCCUGCUUUGAAGCUUAGCUAUGAUUACCUACCUGACCACUUACAACAUUGCUUCAGGUAUUGUUGUCUGUUCCCCAAGGAUCAUCACUUUGGUGGAGUGGAGUUAGUCCGAAUUUGGAUUUCACAAGGAUUUGUGGAUAGUAGCCAUACCAGUAAAAGUUUAGAGGACACAGGGAAUAACUAUUUGGCUGAUUUGAUGGACUCGAGCUUGUUUGAGCAAGUCAAAUGUAAGCGGCAUUCUCAGGAAUGCUUUGUCAUGCAUGGUCUUAUGCAUGAUUUAGCUUGGAAGGUUUCAAGAGCUGAAUUUGGGACUAUAGAUGGCUGGGACUGUGAAGAAAUCUUACCAACUGUGCGCCAUCUAUCAAUAGUUACUGAUUCUGCUUUUUCUCAUGAAAAAAUGGAAGAAAAUCCGCUGCAGGUUGAAUCUGUGAGAAAGCUGAGGUCCUUGAUAUUAAUUGGCAAUUAUGACCCGUCUUUUUUCAGAUACUUCCAGAAUAUGUUCAAACAAGCAGAAAAUUUACGUUUGCUGCAAAUCUCUGCAACUUCUGUUGAUUUUGUUUCUUUCCUGCACAAUUUGGAAUGUCGUACCCAUCUUCGCUACCUGAAACUUGAGAACAAAUGGAUUGGUGAAGAUUUGUCGAUACCUAUGAGCAAGUUUUACCAUCUUGAAGUAUUAGAUGCUGGACACCCAACUAUAGUUCAUGGUAUGAUUGAUCUUGUCAGCAUGAGGUAUCUUCUUGUGACAAAGGGAGCACGCUCUUCUAUUACUAGUGUUGGUGAAAUGAGCAAUCAUCAAGAUGUGCCGAAUUUCACGGAUCAAAAUUCUAGCUGCUCUGAGAUAACACAACUUCAAUCCAUGAACAAGCUUGUACAACUUGGUGUGUUUCAACUCGAAAAUGUCAGUAGUGCCGAGGCUUAUGGGCCAAAACUGAGAGAUAAACAACACUUGCAAAAGCUUCACUUGUCUUGGAACGAUACUUUGUCACAGGAUGGAUAUGAUAGUCGAAGUUCUGGACAAUUUGUUGACACAGCGAAAGAGGUUCUUGAGGGUCUUGAACCACAUCGCAACCUAAAGCAUCUACAGAUUUCUGGGUACAGCAGUGCUACCUCCCCAGUUUGGCUUGGUACUUCAGUUUACUGUUUGCAGACGCUUCAUCUCGAGGAUUGUGGAGAAUGGCAAAUACUUCCCUCUCUGGGAAGGCUAUCGUUUCUUACAAAAUUGAAGUUAAGGAAAAUGCAGAAAGUAACAGAACUAUCGAUUCCUUCACUGGAGGAGCUGGUGCUGAUUGAAAUGCCACAGUUGGAGAGAUGUUCCUGCAAUUCCGUGAGGGACUUGAACUCUAGUUUAAGGAUACUGAAGAUUAAGAGAUGCAGUGAACUGAAGGUCUUUCCUCUCUUCGAGAGCUGCGAGAAACUCAAAAUCGAGAAGAAGUCAUGGUUGUCCCAUCUUACGAAGCUUACCAUCCGUGAUUGUCCUCGUUUAACGAUAUCAAAUCCUCUACCACCUUCAAGUAGCGGUUGUAAAUUGUCCAUCGCGAGAGUUUCGACACUUCCAACGAUGGAGGGAUCAUCCAAUGGAGAAUUGAUAAUUAAAGACGAUUCCGAUUCCGAUCCAUGUUUUCCAUGUGAUGAGGAUUCCGAUGGGCUGACAAACCUGGACGACAAAAUUGUGUCAUUCCAUAAUCUGAGGGACCUGACUCGCUUGCAAAUAGCAGGGUGUGAAAAUCUAUCGUCUAUUUCACUCGAAGGUUUCAGGCAACUCGUCAGCUUAAAGAGUUUGGAAAUAGUCUGCUGCACAAAACUUUUCUCUUCAGUUGUUCUGCCAGAGCAUACCCAUGAAUACAUGGCAGACGCAAAUUUCAUCGCCCUCCCAUCUCUCAAGCAUCUCAGGAUUGAUUCAUGUGGAAUAACCGGGAAGUGGCUAACUGUGAUACUAAAACAUGUACCACGAUUAGAGGAGUUGCAUUUAAAGAAUCUGAAUGUAUCAGGGCUAUUGAUAGAAGGGAAAGAGAGUGGUUUAUCACAUCUUGAGAAAUUGAGUAUUGUUUGUUGUAGAUCGCUCACCGCGCUUGAGGGCUUGGAUUCCUGCACAACACUGGAGAAAUUGAAUAUUGUUAGUUGUGCAUCUCUCACCGCACUAGAGGGCUUGGAUUCCUGCACAGCACUGAAGGAAUUGAAUAUUGAGGGUUGUCAUUCGCUCACCGCGCUAGAGGGCUUGCAAUCCCGCCUAAAAAAAUUACAAAUAUUGGGCAACCAAAGUUUGAAAUGUCUACAGCUGGAUUUCUGCACAGCACUGGAGGAAUUUAAAAUUGUUGGUUGUAGAUCUCUCACCGCACUAGAGGGCUUGGAUUCCUGCACAGCACUGAAGGAAUUGAAUAUUGAGGGUUGUUAUUCGCUCACCGCGCUAGAGGGCUUGCAAUCCCGCCUAAAAAAACUACAAAUAUGGGACAGCCAAAGUUUGAAAUGUCUACAGCUGGAUUCCUGCACAGUACUGGAGGAAUUUAAAAUUGUUGGUUGUAGAUCUCUCACCGCACUAGAGGGCUUGGAUUCCUGCACAGCACUGAAGGAAUUGAAUAUUGAGGGUUGUCAUUCGCUCACCGCGCUAGAGGGCUUGCAAUCCCGCCUAAAAAAAUUACAAAUAUUGAGCAACCAAAGUUUGAAAUGUCUACAGCUGGAUUCCUGCACAGCACUGGAGGAAUUUAAAAUUGUUGGUUGUAGAUCUCUCACCGCACUAGAGGGCUUGGAUUCCUGCACAGCACUGAAGGAAUUGAAUAUUGAGGGUUGUCAUUCGCUCACCGCGCUAGAGGGCUUGCAAUCUCGCCUAAAAAAACUACAAAUAUGGGGCAGCCAAAGUUUGAAAUGUCUACAGCUGGAUUCCUGCACAGCACUGGAGGAAUUUAAAAUUGUUGGUUGUAGAUCUCUCACCGUACUAGAGGGCUUGGAUUCCUGCACAGCACUGAAGGAAUUGAAUAUUGAGGGUUGUCAUUCGCUCACCGCGCUAGAGGGCUUGCAAUCCCGCCUAAAAAAACUACAAAUAUGGGGCAGCCAAAGUUUGAAAUGUCUACAGCUGGAUUCCUGCACAGCACUGGAGGAAUUUAAAAUUGUUGGUUGUAGAUCUCUCACCGUACUAGAGGGCUUGGAUUCCUGCACAGCACUGAAGGAAUUGAAUAUUAAGGGUUGUCAUUCGCUCACCGCGCUAGAGGGCUUGCAAUCCCGCCUAAAAAAAUUACAAAUAUUAGGCAACCAAAGUUUGAAAUGUCUACAGCUGGAUUCCUGCACAGCACUGGAGGAAUUUAAAAUUGUUGGUUGUAGAUCUCUCACCGCACUAGAGGGCUUGGAUUCCUGCACAGCACUUAAGGAAUUGAAUAUUGAGGGUUGGCAUUCGCUCACCGCGCCAGAGGGCUUGCAAUCCCGCCUAAAAAAACUACAAAUAUGGGACAACCAAAGUUUGAAAUGUCUACAGCUGGAUUCCUGCACAGCACUGGAGGAAUUUAAAAUUGUUGAUUGUAGAUCUCUCACCGCACUAGAGGGCUUGGAUUCCUGCAGAGCACUGAAAGAAUUGAAUAUUGAGGGUUGUCAUUCGCUCACCGCGCUAGAGGGCUUACAAUCCCGCCUAAAAAAAUUACAAAUAUUGGGCAACCAAAGUUUGAAAUGUCUACAGCUGGAUUCCUGCACAGCACUAGAGGAAUUGGAUAUUAAUAGGUGUAAUUCGCUCACCGCGCUAGAUGGCUUGCAAUCCCUCGGCGGUCUCAGGUAUUUGAAAUUAUCCGUCUGCCCUGGUUUACCUCAAUGUUUUGAGCAUCUGUCAAUACAGGGCUAUGAGCUGUACCCUCAACUGGAAAGGCUUCAGAUCGAUGGCCCCUCUUUCCUUACCAAGUCAUUCUGCAAGCACCUCACUUCCCUCCAACGCCUACAAUUCAACGCUUUGCUCAGCCAAGUUACGAAACUAACAGAUGAGCAGGAGAGUGCGCUUCGUCUCCUCACGUCCCUCCAGGAGCUCGAUUUUUGGAGUUGCCGGGGUCUAGCAGAUCUUCCUGUGGGUCUCCACAGCCUUCCCUCCCUCAAGAGGUUGAAGAUCUCCAAUUGUAGGAGUAUCUCAAGACUGCCACAAAUGGGCCUCCCACCUACGCUGGAAGAGUUGGAUGUUAGCUGGUGCAGCGAUGAGCUAUCUGAGCAAUGCAGAAAGCUAGCAACAAGCAAGCUAAAGGUCAAAAUUGGUUACUUAUUACAGGGCGGUACGUGAACUGAUUACUGGGUGGCUUGUUCAGCACACGUUUCUACCUGAGCAGCAGGCGUUCAAGCUUCUGUACAUACCAGUGCUGCAGUGGCGUUGAGAAAAUUUGUGUGCUAUCAUGUUCAACGAGAAGGGACUCCGAGAUAUAUCUGAAGAUACAUUGUGCUUUUCAUAAACAAAAUUUGGUGUAAAUAAGCGUAUUCAAAAUUUUCAUGCUAACCAUGCAAAAUGCUCUGCAACUACAACAAGAGGGCUUGCAAUCCCUCGGCGGUCUCAGGUCUUUGGUGGUAUCCGGCUGCCGUUUUUUACAGCUCCAAAUUGAGAAUUGCUACAAACUCACAGAUCUUCCUGUGAGACUGCUAACGUGCGAUCUCUCAACACUGGUUGAUAAUCACUUUCGUAGUAUGCGAUUGCUUGCCACAAAUGGGCCUCCACCUACGCUGGAAAAGCUGGAUGUUAUCUGUUGCAGCGAUGAGCUAACCGAGCAAUGCAGAAAGCUAGCAACAAGCAAGCUAAAGGUCAGAAUUGAUGACAAGGAAUAUGUUGUGAAUCGUUGAGCACACGUUUCUACUAGCACGUCAGAUUACAUUGUAUUGCUUUCCAAGGCAUUCAAGCUACUGUACAUUCUAUUGCUACAUCGUCUGUCUUCCGGAUCAAUACAAGUAUCAUACAAUUAGCUGUUCAAGAAGGUGUUCACACAACACACAACCCUGUUUCUCCUGGAUCACCUGUUGCAAGGCUUAUGUUUGCCGGACAAGAGGCCAAAGGAGUGGUUCUUUUUACUCAGAAGCAUCAAAAACUGAAUUUCUCGUGCCAGAUUCUGCGCGGAUUUUGUUUCACUUCUGAGCCUCGUCCUCACGUGGUCGUGUUGCUGAUUUACGGUUGCCGUGCUUUGUUAUAAACUUGUUGGGAUUCCCGAAAGCUCAGAGUAUUUGUGUGCUAUCAUGUCCAACGAGAAGGGAAUAUAAGAUAUAUCUGAAGAUACAAUGUGCUUUUAUUUCGAAUCAUGCAAAAAUGUUCUGCAACUACAAUACUGCACUCCAGCUCUCAUCCUCUGAUGUGAUAAACAGUCGAGACCAAUAUGAUGGGAUUGAGCCAACUCAUACCUCGCUGUCAUAAAUCAAGAUGGGCUAGCGAGCAGACAGCUAGUCUGUGCAUAAAUUUGAGUAUGCAGCCUGCGACGCACUGUGUUACUGCCGAUUGAUUUUCAUUAUUCUGUCUGGGCCUUUUGAAGGCAAACAUGUCGCACCUUUGAUUGUCAUUGAAUUCAGGUAAUUUUUCUGCUGAUGUGAAGCAGUUCUGUAAGUGGUAGUUUCAAAAACUCAA